AUUCAUUUGCUUUUACACAAAAGGAAUGAUGGUUGUUGGUGAAGAAAUUUUCGAAUUUUGAGUAGAGAUUAAGCUUAAAAUGGCGACCAAGUUUUUAUCACUGGCGUGUAUACGUGGCACCGGUGCCGGUGAUGGCUAUUCCCGAGGAUUGUCACCGCGGCCGCACUAUCCGUCUAUGCCAAAGUACCCAAAGGGGAUGUCGGCAGAUAUGGAGAGUAGUAUGGAUAGAUCGGAGCGUAGGGCUUUGUUUUCUGUCACCGGAAUGACCUGUUCCGCUUGUGCCGGAUCGGUGGAGAAGGCCGUUAAGCGGUUGCCGGGAAUCAAGGAGGCUGUUAUUGAUGUGUUGAAUAAUCGAGCUCAAGUCAUGUUUUACCCUAGCUUCGUCAAUGAGGAGACUAUUCGUGAAACCAUUGAAGAUGUAGGGUUCGAAGCUACACUGAUCAUGGAGGAAACAAAUGAAAAAUCGACUCAAGUAUGUAGAAUCCUCAUCAAAGGAAUGACUUGCACAACUUGUUCAAGUACAGUCGAGUCUGCUCUCGGAUCUGUACAUGGAGUACAGAGAGCCCAAGUUGCCUUAGCAACAGAAGAAGCCGAAAUCCACUAUGAUCCCAUGACUUUAAGCCAUGACCAUCUGUUAAACACCAUAGAAGACACUGGAUUCGAAGCCAUAUUGAUUAGCACAGGAGAAGACGUGAGCAAAAUACAUUUACAAAUCGAUGGACCAUGGAAUGAUGGUUCCAUGCUAAUCAUCCAAGAAUCUCUUCAAGCACUUCCUGGAGUUGAAAAGAUUGAAUUUGACACCAAUCUCAAAAAGUGUUCCCUCUCUUACAAACCAGAUUUAACAGGACCUAGAAACUUCAUUCAGGUAAUCGAAUCAACAGGAUCCGGAUUCAAGGCCAAGAUAUUUCCUAAAGGAAACGGAAGGGAUUCUCAUAGACAAGAAGAAAUCAAUCAAUACUACAAAUCUUUCAAAUGGAGUUUGGUUUUCACAAUUCCAGUGUUCUUAACCUCCAUGGUGUUCAUGUACAUCCCUGGACUCAAACACGGACUUGACACCAAGAUUGUCAACAUGAUGACUGUAGGCCAUCUUUUAAGAUGGAUAUUAUCCACCCCUGUUCAGUUUUUCAUUGGUAGAAGAUUCUACACUGGUUCAUACAAAUCAUUGCGCCAUGGUUCUGCAAAUAUGGAUGUUCUGAUUGCAUUGGGAACAAACGCAGCCUACUUCUAUUCAGUCUACUCUGUAUUAAGAGCUGCAGCUUCACCACAUUUUGAAGCAACCGACUUCUUUGAAACAAGUGCAAUGUUAAUCUCAUUCAUUCUUCUUGGAAAGUAUCUGGAAGUUAAAGCAAAGGGAAAGACAUCUGAAGCAAUUGCAAAGCUCAUGGACCUGACUCCUGAUACAGCAACACUGUUGACUUUUGACACUGAAGGGAAUGUUGUAAAUGAAGAAGAGAUAGACAGCAGGUUGAUUCAAAGACACGAUGUGAUCAAAAUCAUCCCUGGUGCAAAAGUAGCUUCAGAUGGUUUUGUUACAUGGGGACAAAGCCAUGUGAAUGAGAGUAUGAUCACAGGUGAAGCAAGACCUGUUGGAAAAAGGAAAGGAGAUACAGUUAUUGGGGGGACAGUGAAUGAAAACGGGGUUUUGUAUAUUAAAGCGACACGUGUCGGAUCAGAAAGUGCACUUUCACAAAUAGUUCAACUUGUUGAGUCAGCACAGAUGGCAAAAGCUCCAGUUCAAAAGUUAGCUGAUAGAAUUUCCAAAUUCUUUGUUCCUCUCGUUAUUCUUCUUUCUUUUUCCACUUUUCUUGCAUGGUUUGUUGCUGGAAAGUUUGAUGGGUAUCCGGAAUCUUGGAUUCCAUCCUCCAUGGAUAGCUUUCAGCUUGCUUUACAGUUUGGAAUCUCUGUUAUGGUUAUUGCUUGCCCAUGUGCUUUAGGGUUGGCAACUCCAACUGCUGUCAUGGUUGGGACUGGAGUUGGGGCUUCUCAAGGUGUUCUUAUAAAAGGAGGGCAAGCGUUAGAAAGUGCACAUAAGGUGAAUUGUAUUGUGUUUGAUAAGACUGGGACUCUUACAAUUGGGAAGCCACUGGUUGUUAACACAAGACUCUUGAAGAACAUGGUGCUUAGAGAGUUCUAUGAAUUGAUUGCUGCAGCUGAGGUGAACAGUGAACACCCUUUAGCCAAGGCAAUUGUGGAAUAUGCCAAAAAAUUUAGAGAUGAUGAAGAGAAUCCGAUUUGGGCAGAAGCACACAACUUUGAAUCCAUAACUGGACAUGGUGUGAAAGCCAUUGUCCACAACAAACAAAUAAUAGUCGGAAACAAGAGCUUAAUCUUAAACAACGGAAUCCCUAUUUCCAUUGACUCAGAAGAAAUACUAACAGAAAUCGAAGGGUUAGCCCAGACCGGAAUCCUCGUUUCCAUAGACAACCAACUCACCGGAAUUCUCGCCAUUUCCGAUCCGUUAAAACCCGGUGCUCGUGAAGUCAUCUCCAUCCUCAAAUCCAUGAAAAUCAAAAGUCUAUUGGUCACCGGAGACAACUGGGGAACCGCCAAUUCCAUUGCAAAGGAAGUCGGAAUCACCGAUGUAAUCGCCGAGGCCAAACCGGAGGACAAAGCAGAGAAAGUGAAAGAGCUACAAGGUUCGGGACUUGUGGUGGCGAUGGUGGGAGACGGAAUCAACGAUUCCCCCGCUCUAGUUGCUGCGGAUGUCGGAAUGGCGAUAGGUGCUGGAACGGAUAUUGCGAUUGAAGCGGCUGAUAUUGUUCUUAUGAAAAGUAAUCUAGAAGAUGUGAUCACUGCGAUUGAUCUUUCGAGAAAAACGUUUACUAGAAUCCGGUUGAAUUACAUUUGGGCUUUGGGGUAUAACCUUCUUGGGAUUCCGAUUGCGGCCGGAGUUGUGUUUCCGUUCACGGGAUUCCGAUUGCCACCGUGGAUUGCCGGAGCUGCUAUGGCUGCGAAUCUGUCAGCGAAAUUCAGUUCACAGUCGUUGAAUCCUCAUCCAUUUAACAGCACUACAAUGGUGUCCGAUGGUGAAAACGAGCCAUUUCUAACACUCGAACACGAACCUAAACCUCAGCCCGAUUGUUUUGCUUCAACCAAAAGCAGAAAGUUAAAACGCUGCAGAAGCGCCCCCAUGGUCGAACUUCCACAAGGAUCCAAAAUCGAACGCCUUUUAGAAAACCCAAAAUCCAUCUUUGAUCAAAUCAAUCCACAUCUCACGAGGGUAGCCAUCUACUUAUUCAUAUACCUGAGCAUAAGCACGCUCUGCUUUUACCUCAUGAGAAACCAGAUUUCCGGAGAUAAAACAAACGGCAUUCUUGAUUCGAUCUACUUCUGCAUCGUAACAAUGACCACCGUCGGAUACGGCGACCUUCUUCCAAACAGUGCCACCACAAAACUACUCGCCUGUGCUUUUGUAUUCACCGGAAUGGCACUCGUCGGAAUCAUUCUCAGUAAAGCCGCUGACAGUUUGGUUGAAAAUCAAGAAAUCUUGCUAGUGAAAGCAUUUCAUUUGCGUAAAAAAGCUGGAGCAUUGGAAACCCUAAAAGAAAUGGAAACUAACAGAGUGAGAUACAGAUGUCUAAUCUUGUCCAUCUUACUUAUCGUCCUCAUAGCUUCCGGGACAAUCUUUUUAACCACAGUUGAGAAAAUGGAGUUUGUUGAUGCGCUUUACUGUGUUUGUUCCACCAUUACAACUUUAGGGUAUGGAGAUAAGAGCUUUUCAACAACAUAUGGACGUGUUUUUGCUAUAUUUUGGAUCUUGAUGAGUACCAUAUGUUUAGCUCAAUUGUUGUUUGCUUUUGCUGAGUUGUAUACUGAAACUAGACAGAGGUCAUUGGUGAAAUGGGUUCUUACAAGAAGAACAACAGCUGCUGAUCUUGAAGCAGCUGAUCUUGAUGAUGAUGGGGUUGUAGGGGCUGCUGAAUUUGCGAUUUUUAAGUUGAAAGAAAUGGGAAAAAUUACUCAAGAAGACGUUUUGCUUAUUUUGGAAGAGUUCAAGAGUCUUGAUGUGGAUGACUCUGGGACUUUGUCCGCUUCUGAUAUUUAUAUUGCCCAAUCAUAAAGAUGAAUAAGUUUAAAAGGAAUCAUGAAACUCCUACUCACCUUGUUUCAAUUUCAUGUAUUUUUGGAGCCAAAAGUUGUAAACAUGUUUGUUUGUGUAUCUUCUUCUAUAAAUGUUGUAAAAAGCAAGUAAGAUCUUGCUUCUUCUUUGGAAAUUUGUAAAAAGGAAUAUACAAGGU